ACCAACUUUAGUUGAUCUUGUGUUUGGUUUGACAUAUAAAUAACCUUGUAUGUCUCUGUCUCAUUGAUUAACUCUCCAUUUCAAUUGUUUUCAAAUCAUUCUGUCUCACUUUAUCCUUCACCCUGCACUCUCUUCCCUCUCCAAAUCAUCAUUCUGUUGCAUCAUUUCCUCUCAGCUGUUAUUACCAUGGAGGUUGUUGAGUUAAAGGUUGAGAUGGUUUGUAUACAUGAGAAAAGACUAAGAAAAUGCCUCUCAAAAUUAAAAGGGAUAGAGAAAGUGGAAGUGGAUACUAACUGUCAGAAGGUGGUGGUCACUGGAUACACACACAAGAACAAAAUCCUAAAAGCAGUUAGGAGAGGGGGUCUCAAGGCUGAUUUCUGGUCUGCUCAGAAUGAGUUGCUAAAUGCUUAUGUUAGUGCCAAUUAUGCCAGUUUUAGAUUCAACCCCUUUAGCUUCUUCUAGUUUUUCUCAUCCCCAAUUCCACCAAAUUUGUUAUACUUUUUCCUUUUUGGGGGGACUUUCUCUUUGGGCUUUAAUGGCUUCUGUCCAGUGUGGGAUGAUAGAUAUAUAACUAGUUUGUAAUCAUUUUGCCUCUCAUUUCCAGAGAAAUCAUGACCAAUCACAAUGUUCAAUGAAGAUAUUUUAGAAAGUGUAA